UGACGUCUGAUCUAUCGCCCGAGCACCGCGUUUGAUGUCCGGUUGACUCAGAGAUGAGUAGCGACAACGUGAAGUUGUUUGUGGGCAACCUUCCAUUAGAUGCAACUCAUGAAGAACUCAAUAAACUCUUCGCUCCAUACGGAGAGGUCUACACCUGCUCACUGCUAAGGCAAUAUGCUUUCAUCACGUUAAAAGGAGAAGGGGCAGCAGAUAGGGCCAUACGGCAUCUUGAUGGCAAGGAAUACAGAGGCAGGCCCCUGGUGGUGGAGGAGUCACGCGCACGCCCUCCCAACUCCACCAAGAUCUUUGUGGGCAACCUGAGUUCAACUUGCUCAGCUGAUGACUUGCAUGGGCUUUUCCAGACCUUCGGCAGAGUUCUUGACUGUGAUAAAGUCAAAGCGAGAUUGUGCUCUAAUGCUGGCUAUGCCUUUGUGCAUAUGGAGCGAAAGGAGGACGCCCUGCAAGCUAUCGAAGCACUCAAUGGGACCAUCUUCAAGGGCCGUCAACUGUCUGUGGAGCUGUCCAAAGCUCAACCCUUAAUAAACCAGGUUGGAGAUGCAAACAACCCCAUUGGUGUGGAUGGGGAGAUAGCCCUGGGAGGAGGUGCACCGAGAGAAGGUCUUCUUCCCAGACCACCUCCCUCACUAGAGCAUCACCAGAGCCAGGCAGCUGUGCUAGCUGCAGCUGCAGCAGCUGCAGCUGGACUGCCAAUACAAGUUCAGCAAAGUGUCCACAACUCCUUCUACAACACCACAUCCUUUGACCCCACCUAUGCUGCCCUUAAGGGUCUCACGUCCACCAAAGGUGCAGAUGGGGUCAACCCUGCAAUAUACGGUGCUCUUGCAAGCCAAGUAUAUGGGGCAGUUGCUGAUCAGGUGUACCAAGAAGUGGCAGAUCACAACAGCUCAGGAGCCAGCAGCAGUAAUGUGGAACCAGAGCCUCAAACAGACCCAACAGCACUGUUUGAGGCAGCAAGAGCCAAAUUUUUCCAGCAAGGGCAGAAGGUUCUGGCUGAGCAGCAGGCAGGGAGGAAGUCAGGCUCUACUGAACGGGACCGCAGCCCAAUCAGAGGAAACCGAGCUCCUCUACUCCCUGACCCCGUUCCAGGUUCCUUGGCUCAGAUACGUCCCAAACGCCGUGCCCUGCUGCCUACCCCACCAGGAGGACCUGAAGACACACCUGCUACCACAACAGCUGCUGCUGCUGCCGCCGCCGCUGCUGCUGCUGCUGCUGCUGCUGAAGGGGGAGAUCCUAUUGCAAGGUGUUAUGCAGAGUACUACCAGCAAAUGCAGCAGUACCAACACUAUCAACAGUAUCAGCAGCAGUACCAGUACCUCCAAUAUGCUUACACCAAUCCCCCUCCACCACCACCACCCCCUCCACCCCAACCAUCCUCCACUGAUGCCGCAGGAUAUGGCCAGGCGUCCACCGGAGUCCCUGCACCCCCAGGGACAUACACCACACCCACAACCUAUGCCCCGCCUUCAACAUAUGCUGCAUCAGGAGCCUAUGACACAUCCAGAAGCUACAACACCUCAUCGGGAAACUACGACGCCUCGGCGAGUUACAACUCGGGCAGUUACACAGCAUCAGGAGCGUAUGACACCACAGGGGGUUACGCAGCACCGGGAGCGUACACUUCAUCGGAAAGCUACUCCACAUCCAGACCGUAUGAGCAGACACCCGCACACGGGCAAUCCCUGCCUCAACGCCAUGAAUACUCUUACCUCCACACGCCAGAACCCCCUUAUCGAUAGAACCCCUCCCUUUCCCUGCCACAUUGCAGAUAUGUGUGUGUGUGUCAGUGUGGAUGUGUGUGGUCAUGCAUGUGUGUGUUUGCAAUUAAGUAAGGGACAGUUUGGGAGAAAACGACACAAGGAGGGAAAGGAUGAAAGAACGAUUGUGGAUGUGAGUUGGCUUUACAACUCGUGAACUUCCCCCUUUUCUCCAUUUUGGCUUUCCUAUCCUAGUCUUUUACUUGUUCUCUGGUUGGUUAGGCAAGUGAUGAAGUUGUCAGCUGUUUGGUAAAGUGGGCUGUUGUCAUUUUGAUUUAAAAGGUUUCUCAGCAAAAGAGUCUUAUAUGAAGAAGGUAAAUGUUUGUGAGACACUUAACAUUAGGACUACACCCCAAAAUAUCAGUUUUUGACAAAUUUUCUAGGGGCUCCAUUUGGUCCCUGUUGAAUGUGAAAUUAACUAAAGCUGCCUUUCACAAGUAUAGAUAUAGAGUACAGAGUCAGAUCUUAAAAUCAGGAUCUUGUCUCUCUGGGAUCAAUAAGUUUAAUCAGUCUGUACAGUGGCAACAGUACUUUAGCCAACAUUCACAUUAGUUUUGCUAAUCUAUGGACAAUCCAACUGCUAAUACUUGUGCCACCCUGGAUUGCCAAUGCCAAAAUUAUAAUGAGAUGAAUUUCAAAUGGGGCAUCUACCAGAUAUUUGUUCAUUAUCCACACCAGAGGAGUGCCUUUAUGCACGUGCAAAUAUUAAGAUGGCAAAGAACCAUCAUCCUUUAAGAUUUGAGAAUGUGUGAUAACUGAAUUGACCCCCGGAGUGUUUGGUGCUCAUCUGUAGAGCACGCCCUAGGUUGUCUUCAUUUUCAGUCAGUAGUCAGGGCCAGUGAUUGUGCAAAGAGCAGAAGUGUCAAGUUGUUCAUGUUGUCAGGGUCAGGUCAUUAUGGAUAAUAUAUCAAACAAAACCUGGUCUUUAAUCCAGUUUCAGCACGACUCCUCUUCAUCUCUUUGUUUUAAAGACGGACCACAUCACUUGACCUUUUGAUAUUUGGACAAUAGUUUUAAAACAGACCUCCCGUGUAAAACGAUUAAAGAAUCAUUAGCCUUGACCUUGGGAUUGAUUGGUUGUUUUGAACCUACCGUGAGUGAUUUUGAAGGAAAGAUGAGACUCCUUUCUGCUUGGAAUCACUGUUGGAAACAGACGAAGUUUGUCCUAGAUUCACACAGGCCAUCCAGAGAGCCUAGGAAGAGUACAGCUUUCUCACCGGGGAUGCUACCCGUCUUCAUGCCUGGCAGAAUGGCAUCUUUACUGAGUACUCCUGUUUCAGUCUGUUGAAAUGGCUAGCAAGACAGGCUAACAAAACAAAUAGAAAAGAUGUAGGUAAUUGGAUUCAUGGAUGAUUUUAAAAGUAGUUGGCAAGUUGUUGCCUGCAUAUUGUUUUGCUUAGCCCUUGCUUUCUCUAUGUAUUUCAGUAGAUCUAACUCAACUUCCAUUCUCAGGAGUUCAGUCUCAGGCCAGAGCUGUUGGUAAAAGCAGGCCUGUUCUUCUAUAACAAAGGAUAGCCAUCUUUAUACUCUUUUUUUUUUGUGUUGGGGCAAAUUUACGUUAUUGGCAGGUUAGCACAGUAUGUCCACAUCUUUCUCUGUAUUUAGAUUCUUUUUAUACCAACGUGCAAAGUGCAGAAAAAUAUUUUUUGUUGCUCAUUUGUAAAUAUUUGAAUCCUUGAAAGCAAGAGAGAAACACAACCAAUAUUUGGCUCUCAGUGUCAAGAAAAGCAAAUGUAUUAGACAGAAUGACAUCUUCAGUAGGUAAAUACCCUUUGGCUUUAUUAGGGAACUCAUCCUCAUUUAUGAAACUGUAACUUGAUGUUAUAAAUAUAGAAAUGUUUAGUUUUUGAUAGCAGUUAGCCUAGCCACACCCAGUCAGAUUCUCUGUUGCAUCUCUGCCCUUCAUAGGAACCAAUCCCAGUGAUGAAUAAAAUUGAAUAUUGAGUCAAUUUUUCUACAAAGCUGCAAGUUGUGCAAACGGAUAAUUAUUUCUGUAUUAAUCAUGUGUAAGUACUUAUUUCUAGCUAGAAAAAUGAAUAGCAGCUUACAUUUGGUUUCAGAAUAGAAAAAGUGCUUACUGAAGUUAAGAUGAUUGAUUGUAUUUCUUAAAAAAAACAAAAAAUGACAGUUUAAAUUUUUUGAAACUUUUUGGGUUACUAGAGACUGAAGAGCAUCAGCACUGUUAUGACGUUCCAGAAUUCUCGUUCUUACCGAUUUUUUUUGUUCUCUCAAGCUUUUCUAGUGGUUUGCGUUGUGCGGAUAUUACCGUGAGUUGGCGAACUAGACGAGAAGUACGCUAACUGAUUGAUAAGGUUGUUGCAGAUUGAUGGGCGGUGGCAGCCUUGUCGCCGCUGCUGUGAUGCGUUAACAAAAUAGCAUUUGUGUCAUGCUUGGAGCACGUUGUAUGUGUGUUGUAUUUUGGUCAAAUCUACCUACCCUCUUAUGAAACCUAGUAUAUAGUGCCAGCAAGUGGCUAGUAUUGAGUUUAUUCUCGGUUGAGGUACAUUCGCUUUAAUUUAAGGAACCUUCAUUUUCUCCAACAUUAUGAAUUUGUAUCUUUUCCAACUGAAAGUGAGUAAAACUCAACUCGGGUGUGAGUGUGACAUGCCUAUGAGAGUGUUACUGCUGUGUAAUUAUCAGGUAGUAGAGUUUAGGGCUGUGGACUGGAUUUCGAAAAGUGAAGGGAUGUGAGGUGGCGCAGCCACAGCUGUAUCUGUGAAGCUUGUUGGGUGCGGUGAGGGUCAUUGAUAUUCCUCAGCUGCAGGGAAAAGGGUUGUUGACUUUUCUUUCCCCCCCUCUCUCCCCCUCCCCCUCAUCUAACCUAAGCAGAGAUACACUUCACGACACAUCGCUAGGAUUACUGACAUUCUCAACAGGAGGGCCUCACAUCCAGGCUACUCCUUCACUUUGCUCCAUACGUCACACGUGAACACAGUGAACCAGACUGCACACGGAUAACCUACUAACACACUUGACUCCACACUGCACUCAUUCCACACAACUUCCAUAUUCUAUACGUGCCUCUUAGCACACAAAAAACACAAUAGGUAUAAAGAUCAUCAGCUGAAUUGGUAUUGGGCCAUCUCAGUGGUUAGUGCUGUGCUAUAUUUAAGCCACACGUAGCCUUCUCCAUUUCCACAUGUUGUUCCACCUGCUCCAUGUGAACUGUUAGUUGCAUGCCUUGUUAUUGCUGCUGCUCCAGCCACCUUCUUCCUCUCGCUGAUUAUUGCAGCUAGAAUGGGAGGGAGCCUAACUGAGCCCCAGCCCUGGACGUACGCCACACGCACCUGUAGCGUGGGAUGGGGAAAACAGCAGCAUAGGCCUGAAACUGCUAUGGACGAUGGGGUGUCCCCUCUAAGGUAAACACUCAGACCACACACAGCCCCGUACACCUCCUGCCCCUUCCCGACAUACACACCACACACAUACACAUACAUACACACAUCCAUGUCUGUACAGUUUUUGUUCCCUGUACAACUUCAGGGAUUUUAGCCCUCUACCCAACCCCACUCAUGUUUUUGGACAUUUCCUCUCCUAUUCUUUUCAUCAGGAUAUUACCUUAUCCUGCUUUUUUGUGUUCUUAUCUCUACAUCUUGUCCUGGCACACGUAUGCAUCUGCUCAUACAAUCCUGCUCAUGACAAACUGCACACACACAUACACACGUCCUGGAGUACACACAUGCCCUCUCGAGCCUAAAUCUUAACCCCAACUGCCACUGAAGCUGGCAGGUUGUUGAUACCACUUCCUGUAUGGAGGGGCUUCAACGAAGGAAAUCCGGGCUUUCACAGCCAGAGCUCGGAAAGAGACAUAGGUAAAACGGUUUGUUUUCGAUUUUGUAUUUGCGCCCCUGUGGCCACUUUGGGGUUAAGUGCCUUGCUUAAGAGCACACUGGUAGGCCCUACCUUUUCCAUUUCAGUGGAAUAGCCUGGCUCAGGGUCGGUUGCUGGUUCAACGCUUAACCCUAACCCCCCCUCCCUUCCUCCUCCUCCAACACAGAAUUUCAAUGCCCCGUUAAACUUGUAUGAAUGACAGUGAACACGCAUCUUAUCAAUUGGUUUUAAAUUACAUUUUGUCUAAUGUUUUAAAGGUUUAUCA